GCCCUACUGUCCCCAUCGCACCCUAACCUGAGACUUCGUCUCAUGAGAGCAAGUCCCGCCCUGUUUGUUGUGUGUCGUCGUGUACGUCUGGAACAACAAGGUCGUAGUCGCCACCCCGAUUGCUUCACCGGCCACGUCCAUUUCACAGCCAAGAUCCGCGCCCGACGCCCGCCCUUUAGAAACCACCUGCACCCCGAAUCGAUUGAGAUAGCUCCACACUUGUUCCGUCUCGAGACUCAUACCGCUGGGCGAACCCUCCGAACUGAAUUCUACUUUGCAGGAGGAGACUGGCUGCAGCUGGUACAAGCAAUGGCGGACGCGAAAUCACUCUCAACUACCUCAUCUGGUGAGAAGAAGCGGAAGAGAGCCGCUCCGGGCUACUAUGCCGUCAAGGUCGGGAGGAGGCCAGACAUAUACUACAGUUGGUCGGAUACCCUUGAGCAGAUCACGGGCUUCAAGAAUGCAGUUCAUAGGAAGUUUAAUUCACUCUCAGAGGCAGAGGCCUUUAUGAACAACGACGGGCCUGCCGCCGCCAAGCCGCUGCAACAGAAGUUCUACGCAGUCCAGUCUGGUCGCGUGCCCGGUGUCUACACCGAUUGGCCGUCAGCUCAGGCACAGAUUGUUGGAUGGAAGGGUGUCAAGCACAAGAGCUUUGCCACUCGAGCCGAAGCCGAGGCGUUUGUUGCUGCUAGAAAGGGACUUACGUACAGCGAUCUCAGCGCUACGCCCUAUAGCAGAGACGACGUCGAGUCGGAGGCGUCCACACCCGACGCCCGGAAAGGAUGCAAGGUCGGAGACAGCCCGUCAAAGAAGCAGAAGAGGAAUGAUGGCUCAGCAGUGGCUGCUACCAUAAGCGGCGAUAUUGAGCUGGGUACAGGUCUGCUUCCCCCAGACGCCGAAGACGGCUUUGACCGAACAAUAAUAUUUAACCCUAUCAAUGGUGACAUAGAGUACAAGACCGAGGCUCAACUCAGUGCCCAGAAGUUACAACCGACUGGCGAGUUCUCCGGACCCAUAAUUAUCUAUACCGAUGGCAGCUCCCUCGGAAACGGCAAGGCCCGUGCCGUUGCAGGUGUAGGCGUGUACUUUGGCUCAAAUGAUCCUAGGAAUGUCUCCGAGCCACUUCCCGGCACGCGUCAAACCAAUCAACGCGCGGAACUCACCGCCAUCCAGCGUGCCGUUGACAUUGUGCCCAUCGAUAGAGAGGUAUUGAUCUACAGCGACUCCAACUAUGCGAUCAAAUGCUGCACGGAGUGGUUCACGAAAUGGAGGGUUAAUGGUUGGAAGAACGCUUCCGGCAAGUCCGUUGACAACCGCGACAUCAUCGAGCCCAUCGUCAAUCGAAUUGAGGAGAGACAGCUCGCGGGAGCCCAGACAAAAUUCACCUGGCUGAAAGGCCACGCAAACUCCCCCGGAAAUGCGGCAGCGGAUGCUCUGGCCGUGAAUGGCGCAAGGGAAGCUAAACAAAUGCUGGCCACUGCACAGUAAUUAAGUGCUGAUAUUGGUCCAGGCGGGCGUUAGCCUUGGCACGACGGAAGGAUGUCGACAGAACUUGAUAGGUUGCUUCAGUUCUUAGGUGAUGGUCAGUCCUUUUGCAGAUUGUUUAGGGUUCAUGCUGCUAAUGGUGUGGUCUUUCAAGGGUUCGGCAGAAUUGAGACUUCAAGUGUAUGAUACUUCUGCACAUCAGCGCUGCAUCUACCAG